UGAUCGAGUUUUCUAGCUGAAAUAUUGUGGAAAACGGUGUUUGAAUAAACACGUGAAGCGAAAUUUGACUAUUGUCAAAUUUCCUCUGAUCCAAGAUACCUUGGAUCGAUUAAAGUGCUACUGGACAUAGCGUCUCCUUGACGCUUACUGGUAAUUUUUGCGGUUGUUCCCCUUUUUAAUCCCGUUUCACACCCUGUUUUGCCUUUUUGUGGUCGUUUUACGGUUGUAUACGUGUUUUUCAAUUCUGCUCAGUUUUCCACUUUAAACAUGGUCGUCUCGCUAAAAACCGAGGCGGAUGAAAUCUUUGGGUCCUCGAUUGAUGAGUCCAAUGCAGUUUGCGGCAAUUCUGCCUGCUCGAGACCAGUUACGGAUUCAUCUGGUGGUAUGCAGUGUGAUGUUUGCUUCCGCUGGUAUCACAAAGGUUGCACCGGCCUCCGAGCGAACCAGUACACUAUGCUAUCAUCCAGUGAAAACCUCCUGUUUAGAUGUGCUGAUUGCUGCACUCAGAAAGCGAAGUGCCCGGCUAUCAUCUGUGCUGAAUUUAAGGCACUGGCAUCCAGGUUCACAGUGGUUGAGAAGGCGUUAGUCGGGCUUGCCUCGCUCAACUCUAAAGUGGACUUGAUUAUGAAUUACCUGAGUAUUGCAAAGGAGGACUCUGUAGCGGACUGUCCCCCUGCUGACAGUCCAUCCCUUGAUGGGUCGUUCAUCUUACCGGACGCUCCAGUACACAUUGAGAUAAAUGACUCAUAUGCCUCGGAUGGCAUUGUUGACCCUCCACAAAUGGAGGGCGAGUCACGGGCUCCUGGGCCAGAAAAGAAUAGGCGAAAGAGGGCAAGAAAAGUGCGCAAACCCUCCGCACCCAAACCGAGAGGUGAGAAGACGCUCAAGAUGCAACCGCCUGAGCGGGAAACACCACCUGGUGAUGCGACUCCCUCAGUUUCACCUAAGGUUGUGCAGGCAGGGGGUAAAAAACCCCAGAUGUCCACAUCGCGUGCUACUCAAACUGCGGCGCCUACUCCAAACACAUCCUGUCUUCCAGGGGUACAGGUCGUGGAGGCGGGCAUGGACGUUGAGCCACGGGCUUUUUCGCCUGCAGGACGAAAGAGAAAUCGGAACAGAACUGCCCGUACUCUUCAGGCAGGUACGAAAAGCGUCAAGAAUGACGGGACAAACAAGCUGGAGCUUAAGACGUACGCUACAGUUGCUUCAACGUCGUCUGAUAACUUGCGCCCAGUCUCAUUGCCUGCGGCUAAGCCGGUUGCGGUUCAUGUAAAUUCCAAAACCCGUGGGGUAAAUACACCCCGUCGAGGUGAUUCUUUCAUGGAUAGCAGCGUGAUAUUCCGUAACGCAGUGGAAUCCACUGCUGCACUUCCUGCCGAACGUACAUUGGACGACCUACAGUGGUUUAAGAUGUGCGUAACGAAGCUUCUUCCGCCUGGGUUUCCCGGUGUUACUGUCAGGAAACUGACUAGAUUGGGUAACGUCCCAGUUAACGCCCCAAACCCUCGACCGCGCUUACUUCGGGUAGUCCUAUCCACCCCGGAUGAACGCAACGCGCUGUUGCGGUUUGCCUUCAAAUUGAAGGGUACUAAUGUUAGCGUUCAGCCAGACCUCCCAUUAGCGGAUAGGCUGAAGCUAAAAGAGGCCAUUAAGGACCUCAAAACCAGGCGAGCGGCCGGUGAACAAGGUCUCCGGUUGGUGGGUUUUCGGGUGGUCAGCCGGCGGUCUGUUUCCGCCCUACCAGUGCCAGUACUGGUAGCGCACGACCCAGGGCUGGACAUUACGAGUACCUUCAGAUAGUGCUAAGCAAUGUGCGGAGCCUAAGGAAUAAGAUGUGCGAGAUAGGUCUGCUUGUAGAUGGGUCUCAUCCCGAUAUACUUGCAUUCACUGAAACGUGGCUGUCUCGGGACAUCACGGACGGUGAAGUACAUCUGUCUGGCUACGCACUAUUUAGAUGUGAUCGCUUCGUUGGCCGACAAGGCGGGGGCGUUGCUAUUUACGUUAGGUGUGAACUUGACGUUUCACGUACCUACAUGUUUCAGUCGGCAGAUAAAACUGUCGAAGCGCUGUCGGUAGUGAUUAACACUUCCUCAGCUCAACUUACAGUUGUACUUGUGUAUAGAAGCCCUGGGAGUGCGUCCAAAGAGGUGCUUGACUUUAUUCGCUCCCAAUCCGCAAACAGGUGUUUGAUACUGGGGGAUUUCAAUCUACCAGAAGUUUGCUGGGCAGAUCUUUCUUGCAACUCGGCAGAAGGUACUUUCGGGGCAGAUCUACUUGAGCUUACGCUACAAGUACCGUUGCAUCAGUUCGUGGACCUCCCCACUAGGUACAUGGACGCCCAACUCCCGUCUAUUUUGGAUCUAGUGUUUGCCAAGUCACUAGACUUCGUAGGGGACAUCACUUACAGCUCUCCCUUAGGUGCUAGUGAUCAUGUUUGUUUAUCGUUCAGGUGUACUCUGACCAGGCGUCACCAGAGCAUUGCUAAGCCAUUUCCAAACAUAUGGCGUGCUAACUAUCAGGCAAUGCGUAUCAAGGCUGCUGGGAUGCGUUGCGAAAUCUCGGUGGUUGAUACGGUUCAGGCGGCCUGGGAUAAAUUUAAAUCUUAUCUCACGGAAGUGUCUACUCCCUACAUCCCGCUUGCGAGGAGAAAGGAGACACGAGCGCGGCCGCCGUGGAUAGAUACCACUGGCAAGUACCUGCUCCAGAAGCGUUCUAGGUGCUGGAGGACCUACCGUGCGGCUCCAUCAACUAGCACCUAUGAUAGAUACCGCGAGGCUAGAAAUAGGUGUAAACAACACUUAAGGAAAGCUCGGCUGGUGUACGAAAAGGAAUUGGCUGAUGGAGCUUCGGAAAAUCCGAAGUUCUUCGCUUAUGUUAAGAGACGCUGUGGUUCAACUUCGGUAAUCCCAACUUUGAUGCGGGCCGAUGGAACUCGUGCGUAUGCGGACUCAGAUAAGGCUCGUGUACUUGGGGAACAGUAUGCAGGGGCUUUUGUACGUGAGGCCGCGUUGACUAGCCUUGAACUUGUCCCCAGAGUACCUGAGGGUUCUUAUUUAGCUGAGUUUACUGUGGUGGAAACGCAAGUCCUUAAACUGCUGCAAGAACUGAACCCUUCCAAAGCAGCUGGACCUGAUUCAAUUCACCCGAAGCUUCUGCAUGAGUUGGCGGGGGAACUAAGUGGACCGCUGACGAUGGUGUUUCAGAAGUCACUUGACAGCUGUACAUUACCUUCUGAAUGGAAGGAGGCUGUCAUCUGUCCUAUCUUCAAAAAUGGCGACAGGAGUCUGUCAGCCAAUUAUAGGCCAGUUAGUCUGACUAGCGUCGUGGUCAAACUGCUUGAAAAGCUGGUGAGAGAUUCGUUGGAAUGUCACCUGAAUAGAUUUAAUCUACUCAGUAGUGCACAACAUGGAUUCCGGAAGGGGUUUUCGUGUUUGACGAAUUUGUUGGUUGCUCGUGAAGCUUGGGCCGAGGCAAUGAACAAUGGCCACGUAGUGGAUGUGCUUUUCGUAGACUUCUCGAAAGCAUUUGAUAAGGUACCCCACUUGAGGCUAUCACAAAAGCUGAGGUCCUACGGCGUAUCUGGCCGCGCCCUUCACUGGGUAUCUGCGUUCUUGCAGGGAAGAGAGCAGUGUGUACGUGUGGGUCGCAGCUUAUCCUUUAGGCAAGCGGUCCUUAGCGGUGUCCCACAGGGCUCGGUCCUUGGACCGAUGCUGUUCUCCAUCUACGUAAACGAUCUCCCUGGAGAGCUUGGGGUAUCAUCCCUAUUGUUUGCUGAUGACCUUAAGCUAUGGAAUGUUGUAAAUGUUCCUGGGGGUUCUGAGGCCAUACAGCAUGCACUGGACAGACUCUGGGACUGGUCUACUUUGUGGCUACUGCCCAUAAAUCAGGCUAAGUGUUCCGUCCUUCGUAUAGGAGCAACUUUCCCGCCUUCGAGCUACGUACUCGGUGGGGUCGAACUCCCCCUUGUCUCCAACCAGGUAGACCUAGGCGUCGUCCAUUCCUCGUCUUUGCAUUCUGGUGACAACUGGAAGAAGGCCGCAAGUAGGGGUUUCAGAAUGUUGUGGUUAAUACGCCGUUCUUUCGGGGUCUUAACUGCCGACAUAUUUGUGAAGCUGUUCUCAGCUUUCGUCCGGCCCCAUCUGGAAUACUGCGUCCAGGCUUGCCCGCCCUGCCUUGUUCGGGACAAAAUGGAGCUCGAGAGGGUUUUGAGAGUAGGUACCAAAUUGGUCGAGGGGUUACGGGGGCAAUCGUACCCCGAGCGUCUACUUAGCUUGGGUAUGUAUUCAAUGCACUACCGACGGCUUCGAGGAGACCUAAUCCUUACUUACCGCAUUUUAACAGGGAAGGUUGGACCGGACUUGAGCUGGCUAUUUAGCCCGGCUAGGUUGCCUUGUCUUCGCGGUCAUCCCAUGAAGCUACACAAGCCGCGUUCUGACCGGAUCAGGGCGGAAACUCGGUUAUCGCGUAGAGUUAUCGAGCGCUGGAACUCGCUUCCAGAAAGUGUAGUCAGUGAACCUACGGUUAAGGGUUUCGAGCGUCAGUUAGACGCUCUUGGGUGGCAACACGAAACCUUUCCCUUCUCCUGACCAUAUCCAUCUUCAAACUUUUAGUUCUUAUUCUGUCAUUCUCUUCACUCUUUGGUGUUAUCCUUCAUUUUAAUGACUUUCAUUCCCCUUUAUCUUCCAUUUACUUUCUACUUCUUUCUUACUUCACGUAACCUACACAGCGGGGACUGCUAGUGCAGGGAACGUGGGCAGUAAUUGGUUGAUCAGGGUGUGUUUCGUUUUAGAUCUAUCAAGAACUAGCACCUUAUCAUUUCCUGGCUCAACGAUUUGCUCAAGAAGGAACACUCAAGGGAUUUUCCUAUCGUUCCAGUCCAUCUGAAUCUG